AAGGUUACAUCAGCUGCCGUGCGCGUGGGACAGCCGAGAUCGCAGCCUCGCUCAAGUAUUACGGUUUCUCCGUCCGCGCUAGAAGCAGCUCCGCGAGACAACUGCAGCCUAGCUGCUACUUGACGACCCAGCCACGACGGCUUCCAUUUCGUGACAACAGUAUUACACACUUAGGAUUUAGACUUAACUAGUACAAUUAUGAAAAGUAAACAAGAAAGAGAAAUGUGGGUGUUUGGAUAUGGAUCUUUAAUUUGGAAAGCUGACUUUCCUUAUGAACAGAAAGUUGUUGGACACAUUAAAGGAUACAUAAGAAGAUUUUAUCAAAAGAGUACUUAUCACAGAGGUGUACCUAGUCAUCCUGGGCGAGUUGUCACUCUUCUCCCCUCAAAUAAUGCUGAUGAUGAAGUAUGGGGCUGUGCAUAUAAGAUAGCUGGUGAAAAUGUUGAAAGUGUAACGCAGCAUUUAGAUUUGCGAGAAAGAGGAGGCUAUGAGCGGGUUGAUGUACUGUUCCAUCCACUUAGACAUUCUCAAAUGCAAAAACAAUCAUUUCACUUAUUUAUAUAUAUUGGCCAUGAAGAUAAUCCCAAUUUUGCUGGAUAUGAAGAUAUUGAUACUAUAGCUGGACACAUAGCUGAAUGCGCUGGCGCAAGUGGACAUAAUACUGAAUAUUUAUAUAAUUUAGCAACAGCAAUGCGAAGUAUUGCUCCAAAAGUACAUGAUGACCAUUUGUUUGACUUAGAAAAUGCUGUUAAACGAAUAGAGUUGCUAAAGAAAAAGAAAAAUUUAGAAUUUGAUCGACAUAAUCAUAAUAUAGUCGUAAAUUAAAGAGGUUUAUUAAAUUAGUUUUUUUCCAUGAAAUUAAGCUAAUUAAUUUUUAAUGUAUAAAUUUAUUAACUCACAUAUUUAUGACUGAACAGGAAUUUAGAAUUAGCAUUUGCCAUAACCAUCCUUAAUUACUUUAAUUUGAUUAUUAUGUAUUUUAUAAAUAUUUUUAUCUAUUUCAUAAGGACAAACUUUUAACUUUAGUAGAGAUAGAAAGCUCAUAAUGUUAUGAGAGAAUUAAAUUUUUCACAUUUCUAUAGCAGUGAGAACACAAAGAAUUAGAAAGUUAAUUGAUUUUACUUAGUAACAUUUUGACUUCUGUUAUUGACCAUUAGUGUUGAAAAAUAAAAAAAAUAGUAUUUGAAUUAUGAAUACAAUUUUAUCAAUGAUUAAUUUAUAAGUUGUGAAAAUAAGCUUUGACUUAUUGCUUAAGUAUGUUUAUAACUAUCCAAUAAUAAGUCAAUCAACUAUUCCAUAUUUGUACUGUUAUGAACGUUAGACAAAUUGGACCAGAUGAUAUUUAAUGACGCCAUAGAUUGUAAAUAGAAAUACAUUUUGAAGUAAAUGAUAUAAAGAAGUGACAUAGUUUUUACUGCAGUCAGUUGGAUUGUUUUUAAAAAAUAAUUUUAUCACUGUAAAUAACAUAUUUACAUAAAAUAUUGAAGUAAUGUUUGUGAUAUGGAAAUUGUGAUAUUUGGAUUCAUUUUGAGUAAAAAACUAAAUUAAUAUAUUAAAUAUCUUUUAUAUCAACUUAUAUUUUAAAUUUUAUUGAAGAAAACUAAUCUAAAUUAAAACUAGUCAACUGGUUUUUGUUAUUAAUAGCCAGUACUUAUUACUAUCUGCAAAAAAAAUUCAACAUGUAAAUUAUUAAAUGAAAGCUUUUACUUCAAAUUCGCCUAUAUGACUGAAACUUAAUUUGAUAUUUAUUUAAACAAUGGUAUAUGGUUUUUUGAAGUUUUCUAAUAACAAAGCAAUACAAUUUGAGUAGUUGCAGUCAAAGAUAAAACAUUUUUUAAGUGAUAAUGUUCGUUAAGAAAAUAAGAUAGACAAUUCUGUAGAAACGACCGACGUCAAUAGAACGUGCUGUUGCGUGAGAGCACGACCAGUAAUCAGCUGAGAGCAAUAACACGCGAUAUGCUGAUCAACUGUAUAUAUAUAUUAAAUAUAUAAAUAUGUCGUGUAUACCAACCAACAGUAUGUUUAUCCACAUCCCUAAAGUAAAUAAAUAUAUGUCUAUACUUCAAGCGCAUUUCUUGAAAUGCAUAUAUAUACUCUGAACUACUUUUGACGAUUAUACAUCGAUGAGGUGUCAUCGUUAUAAUAAUUAUAACGAUUAUACAUCGUUCGGUGACGAGAUUAGGUCAAGUACAUAUUUUGGCAAUUUGUGCCUCCGUAUUUGCUAGAGAAAAACUAUUUGAUGCUAUCGAUGCUUUAUCAUUGAAAAUAAUGUUGAUUUUGAACUUCGCGGAUAACUAAUUUUAAGAUAUAACAUAUAUUUAGACUUGUGAAGCUGACGCCCAAAAAAUUUUUUUAAACAUAUUUUUGAGUUUUCAUGAGUUAAAACGUUUUCUCCCUUUUUCCGGAUUAAGUCUACGCUUAAAAUUUUAUUUCCGGAUUUUCCGUUUUUAAGAAAAUUGCUAAAAAAAAUCAGGCGUUCGGACAACGCGCAAUAUGCAUUGAACAUUUUUCUCCUGUUUAAAAAGAAAUAAUUUCAAUAGCGGAUGAUAGCUCCUUAUUCCCGGAUUACAAAACAAUUUUCCUUUUGUCGAUUUUCUAUCCAAAAUUGAGGAAAAUGUAAAGAUUAGUAAUAUGCGGCAGUUAGUCGAUAAAACAGGUCAAAUAUUUGCUAAUCACCAGAUAUCAUGAGUUCUACAGUGCGUAACUUAAGACUGUAAAUUUAUUAUUAUUUAAAUUUAUGUAAUGUAAUUUCAAUGCAUGUUGCGCGCUGUCCGAACGCCCGAUUUUUAUUCGCAAUUUUCUUAAAAACGGAAAAUCGGGAAAUAAAAUUUCAAGCGGAGACUUAAUCCGGAAAAAGGGAGAAAACGUUUUAACUCAUGAAAACAAAAAUAUGUUUAAAAAAAUUUUUUGGGUGUCAGCUUCACAAGUUUUCUGCGCAUGUGGUGGUACAAAAUCAUGAUUCUGGCGCGAAUGUAUUUGAAAAUCAUGAUUAUGACGUAAGAAUUUUUUAUUGUUAUAAAAAGAAAACUAAGAGAUUAUUAUUUUAAUUUAAUUUAUACCAUCCAAAAAUAAGUUUACUAUUUUUAGAUGGUACAUAUUAAAUCUAAACUAAUUUACUGUCAUUUUUUAUGAAAAUCAAUUAUUUUCAUACCAGGGUCUACCCGAUUUCAGAUCAAAGAAAAUUAUUACAUAUAUUUUAUGUAGAACUUGUUUUCUUCAAUAAAUUUUAUAUUUUAUCAUUUCAUAAGGCUUUGGAGUAAUCUAUUUGAGUUGAAUUUUAAGUGUUAUAAAAUAUUAGUUUAUUAUAAUGAAAAAUAUU